CCAACGGGAGGGGUAUAUUUAUUACUUACAUCUAACCCUGAGUGAGGUCACUAACUUAACCACGGAUUAGAACCAGGGUUAAAACUUCUAGUGGUUAAGAAGGACGACCACAUAACCCCAGAUUUUUGUUAUCAGCAGCCAUCGCCACUGGGGGCUUCCUCGCCAGCACCUUCUUUCCUCGUCUCUCUUCCUCGCUACCUUCCAAAAGUGGCCGUUCUUUCUCUCUUUUUCGGCUGCCGCAUCCCGCUCGCGCUCUCGCCCCCACUCUAAUUUCCCGAGGAAAUCACCGGCACUUUUAUGGAGUUCGAUAUUUGUAAUCUGAAUAAAGACCUAAACCUAACAACCCCUUAAAAGCUAGGAUUUAAUUUUGUUGCGACACUAGAUGUUUGAGCCAUGGAUUUAACCCCCGCAGUCGCCAACAACACCACCGCCUCCACUACACCUACUAGUACGAAAUCCCCGGAACGUGACAGUGAAACGCCCACCCGGAUCCAGACAGCCGCCAAGCCCUUGUCCUACUCCAACGGCGUCCUCAAGCGCCACCACCACCACCGCCUGGCCAGCCAGCCCCUGCCCGUCACGUACAAGGAGUGCUUGAAAAACCAUGCAGCCAGCUUGGGAGGCCACGCCCUCGACGGUUGUGGCGAGUUCAUGGCCUCUCCCACCGCCAGCCUCGCCGACCCCAGCUCCAUCAAAUGUGCCGCAUGCGGCUGCCACCGCAAUUUCCACCGCCGUGAGCCCGAAGAGCCUAUGUCCACGACUCACGUCAUCGAGUUCCAGUCCCACCAUCGGCACCAUCCCCCGCCGCCCCUGCCCUUUCAGGUUUCCAAUCGCAGCCCCAAUUCGGCGUCGCCGCCUCCGAUCUCCUCUUCUUACUACCCGUCCGCGCCCCAUAUGCUUCUGGCUCUCUCUGCGGCCGGGAUACAAGCGCCGCCGGAGAGCGCGGCUGCUCCCGCUAACGCUCUGGCAACGCCGAGCCCGAAUGCGAGGAAGCGGUUCAGGACCAAGUUCACCCAGGAUCAGAAGGAAAAGAUGUACCAUUUCGCGGAGAAGGUGGGGUGGAAGAUGCAGAAGAGGGACGAACAAUUGGUUCAUGAGUUCUGCAAUGAGGUUGGGGUGGACAGGGGGGUGUUGAAGGUUUGGAUGCACAACAACAAGAACACUUUCGGCAGGAGAGAUUCUGCUAAUCAUGACGGUAGGAACGCUCUAGAGCAAGACCCUCGUGCCCUCACCACUGAAAUCCACGCCAACAACGACAACGGCAGCGCGCAGGAUGCGAAUCAUCACCUCUACACCAACGAUAAUAGUGGGGCAAACCUUGGUACUAAUGGGUCCUCUUCGUCCUCUUGAAUCUUUGGUGAAGGAUGAAAGAAUCGACGAACGGGAAGAGAAAAAAUAAUAUCUUAGUAAGACCGUUGUCGGUUGAUUAGUCUUUUCUUUUCUUUCACUUUUAAUUUAGUUUUAUCAAUGAGAUGAUCAUGAUCAACUUCUUCAGGAUAUUUAACAUGGCAGAGAUUGAUAUCCAGAGGGAAUUUUAAUUAUUUACUGGGUUCACCUUUUCUUGUUUCUUA